AUGGGAACCGCAUACGACCGCGUAUUUGACUACCGCGUCACCGCCGGUAUUGGCCCUUUCAAUGGCUCCUACGUCCCUCGUUACCUCCAGCAACUGCAGGACCUAGAGACAGGAUACCCACACACAGUCGUCCCAUACUCGGUGCAGGCCAUCGUCUUCAACCUCGUUACCAACCCAGUGCACUCUGUCGCUAGUCGCCCAGUACGGGUUGGCGCAUGCGCCCAGGAUAGCUGUGACUCUUAUCUCCUUCCCGGAGGUCUGAUAUCAGCAACACCGUGGCCACCACUUAUGGAGCCUUCCGCUCCAGUAAUACAAAUCGUUGAUACCCCGGCUUGCCAAAUUGACUUUCGAGACGGUCUCGAUGAGGAAGACGUGUUCUCAGAUGAGGAUUGUAGCCUAUUCGGGGCUAACACGACACGCCUCGGUGUCAGAUUUUGCUUGGCCAAGAGUCGGAUGCAUCAAGGGUCUAUAGUUACUGGCCUCUACGUGUGUCCGGAAGGGGUUCGAAACGGCACAUGCAGCCAGGGCAGCGCGUCCUUUUACCCCAACAUCACCACUACGCUGUCCGUGUUCAAUCGCAAAGCAAGCUUCGUCGCGUCUCGCUCCAACAUGACCAUCCUGUCUGUUACGUCCACUGAUACACCGACUCAAAAUCCAUCACUGGACCUCGACGCCUACCGAGCUGCAAUAGCCUGGAUCCUUGAUUUCAACUCAGCCAUUAUCCCGGCCCCGACAGCCAUUGCUGCGCAUUUCUGGAAUGGGCAAACUCAGCUCACUCAAAAAUAUUGGUCCGCUGAACUGAAACAAAUAUUUCAAAGCAUCCUCGUGUUCCCGCUGCGAAUGUUUCACGUCAACGGAGUCGGAAACAUUGACGAGGACUGGGGACGCAUCAGUGAGAAUCUCCCACCAGAAUUCUACACGACUGCCUCGAUCGCCAUUCCGCAUGACAGAAUCAUCAUCAACACGGCCAUGUUUUCGAUAUUUGUCCUUCUUCAGGGAUCCGUGCAUCUCUUUAUUUGGGCCGUACUUGCAUGGCUCUGGAUAAAACGGCCAGCAUUGCCCGUCAUAACCUCCUAUCCGCUCUUCAACUUUGCGUUCAAAACAAAGCACAAGGGAAGAAAUUGUGUGUCUGCCAAGCAGGAGCAGAUCAGCCUACCAAAUGGCCCAUUGAGGGCAGAUGACAAGGAUGUGGUGGCAGCCCUGCAAGGCGCCCGUCACUUUCUGCGAACUGAUGAUGAGAGACUGAGUCUCUUGAGCAACGAGAGUCGGCAACAGCCGGAAGUGACCAAUGUAUCUAGCUGA